AUGAACGUUGGGAUUUUCGGCAUCCAAGGGCUUGGCUGGAGCCUCCGGCUUCAUGAAACAAGGUGCGGUGCAACAGCAGCUGCUACGAUCGAAACAGCAGCGCCGGCCACGCCUGCAGCUCAGCCCCUGCCUGCAGCUGGGCUCGUACAGGCAGUCAAGAUUUUGGCUGGGCACGUGGACCUGUUGACGGACGCUUCGGGGCUUGAUGAUGAGGAUCUGCUGAAAGGCCUUCAUGUCACGAGGGAACAAGUGAAGCAAUUGAUUGAAGCCGACGCAGAGACAGCAAACGAAGUCAUGAGGCUUGGCGUUUUCACAUGGAGGCCAGGUUCAAGUGGCGACGGUCCGCUCACUGUAGCUAUGGGCGUUGGUCCCGGUGACCCAGGCAGCAUAAUUGUCAAAGCACGGCCGGAAAGGCUGAACUCCAGGUUGCUGCGGCAUCUCGGAUGCCAGGAGCAGCGCAUGGAAGUGGAGCACAUCUCCAAUGAGCUCCCACACUGGCGCGAGAUCAACGUUGAGUGCCUUGUAGAGUUUGGAGAGGAAUUUCGUGACGUGGCGAGGCGGCGCUACGCGAAGCUACAACAGCUCACGCAGCGCCUUACGGCCAAUCACGUGGCCGGGCGUGGUGGAGGUUGA